UGUAGUAGAGCAGGCUGGCUUCGAACUCAUGCCUCUGCUUCCCUCCAGAGUGCUGGGUUUGAAGGCGUGCAGCAUUUAAAGGGUUUCGUUUUGCGUGUGUACGAGUUUGUGUGGAGCAAAGCAUUAUGCUAGAUUUGUUUAUGAAUGAAAUGCAUGCGUAUAACCAAAUAUUGACACUGCCUGACACUGCUUUUUUUUCAAAAUUUUAUUUUUACUGUAUGUGUAUGUGAUGUGUGAUGGUGCAUGCAGGUGUCACACAUAUCCGAGGACAACUUUGUGGAGUCAGUUUUCCCUUUGCACCUUUGUGAGUUUACCAGGGAUUGUGUGGGUACCACCAAGCCUUACAUUGUCAGGCUCAAGCAGGGAGCACUUUAGUCAGGAGUCACCUUUCCAGCCCCUCAGAAUUGGAAUUCUUGACUUAAAAUCAUAUUACCAAUUUCUACCAAGCAGAGAUCUAGAACACUGUUUAAGUCUUUCUCUCCUUCCCAGUGUCUCAACCUAAUCAGUCAUCAGGUUAUUUUUAUAUCACCAGCCAAUACCUUUACGUGGCUUUUAGAAUGUCGGCUAAUACUCCCUGGCCUGGUGUGUUAUGGUCUGUCCCAUGUCCACUUCUGACUUCUCCUUUGUCCCUCAAAGUUCUCUCUGCUCCCUUUUCCUCCCCACUCCUUACUUGAUUGGCCCGCUCUGACCUUGAGCCUUUUUGAUACUAUUGGGCUUACAGGUGUGCACUGUCACACCAGGUUUAAAUGCAGUUUUUCCACUUAACAGUACAUUUAAGUGGUGAUGGUCUUAAAGGGAUGCACCCCCGUCUUAAAUAGAAGCACCUGCCGCCCUGAUUCUCGAAACCUUGUGUGCUCCCGACUUUGCAGGGCGCGAUGACCUCGACAAGUAAGUCGGUUGAACUGCAGCUCCAGGUGAAGCACAAUGCGGAGGAACUGCAGGAUUUCAUGAGGGACUUGGAGCACUGGGAAAAGACUAUGAAGCAGAAGGAUCUGGAGCUCAGAAGGCAGAGUGGCGUUCCCGAGGAGAAUUUACCUCCUAUUCGAAAUGGGAAUUUUAGGAAAAAGAAGAAACGUAAAACUAAAGAUUCUUCCAAAAAAACCAAAGAAGAAAACACAAAAAACAGAAUAAAAUCUUUCGAUUAUGAUGCCUGGGCAAAACUUGAUGUGGACAGUAUUCUUGAUGAGCUUGAUAAAGAAGACAGCACCCACGAUUCUGUGUCCCAGGAGUCAGAGUCGGACGAAGACGGUGUUCGUGUGGAUUCCCAGAAGGCUCUUGUUCUAAAAGAAAAGGGCAACAAGUACUUCAAGCAAGGGAAAUAUGACGAAGCCAUUGAAUGCUACACGAAAGGCAUGGAUGCCGAUCCCUACAACCCCGUGUUGCCAACAAACAGAGCAUCUGCGUACUUUAGACUGAAAAAAUUUGCUGUUGCUGAGUCUGACUGUAAUUUGGCAAUUGCCUUAAGCAGGAGUUAUACCAAGGCUUACGCCAGACGAGGUGCUGCUCGAUUUGCUCUGCAGAAGUUAGAGGACGCUAGAAAAGAUUAUGAAAAAGUGUUAGAACUGGAACCAGAUAACUUCGAAGCAACGAAUGAACUCAGGAAAAUUGAUCAGGCUUUAACAUCGAAGGAAAACUCACGUCCCAAAGACAUUGCUGCUACUGUGAUUAAACCAGCUGAAGGAGAGAGAAAAGCAAAUGAAGAUCAGCGGGGCAGGCAGAAGGCCAUUGCAGAGAAAGACCUGGGCAAUGGAUUUUUCAAAGAGGGGAAGUACGAGCAAGCAAUCGAAUGCUACACCCGUGGGAUAGCAGCGGACAGCACCAAUGCCCUGCUCCCCGCUAACAGAGCCAUGGCCUACCUCAAGGUUCAGAAAUAUGAAGAAGCUGAAAGAGACUGCACACAGGCUAUCUUACUAGAUGGUUCAUAUUCAAAAGCUUUUGCCAGAAGAGGAACUGCAAGGACAUUUUUGGGAAAGAUCAAUGAGGCCAAGCAAGAUUUCGAAACUGUUUUACUUUUGGAACCUGGAAAUAAACAAGCAGUGACCGAGCUUUCCAGAAUUAAAAAGGAAUUAAUUGAGAAAGGACGCUGGGAUGAUGUCUUUCUUGACUCCACACAGAGGCACAAUGUGGUAAAGCCUGUAGACAGUCCUCAUCGGGGGUCACCUAAAGCACUCAAGAAGGUUUUUAUUGAAGAAACUGGCAAUUUGAUAGAGUCUGUCGAUGCACCAGAGAGCUCUGCCACCGUCCCCGAGAGUGACCGAGCAGCAGUGGCUGUGGACACUGGACGCAAGAAGGAUUUCAGCCAGGGCGACUCUGUGUCCGCAGGGGAGACACCAAGAGCUAAAGUGUUGAAAAUAGAAGCAGUUGGCGACUCUUCAGCCCCACAAGCGCAGGUGGACGUGAAGCAGGGCGUGCGUCAGUCUGUGAGUGAGAAGACCUCUGUGAGGGUAGAGCAAACGCCGGGUCAGUUGGCCGCUGCAGUUCUGCCUCCAGUUCCUGCCAACUCCUUCCAGCUGGAGUCUGAUUUCAGACAGUUGAGAAGUUCCCCCGAGAUGCUGUAUCAGUAUGUGAAGAAAAUUGAACCAUCUUUGUAUCCAAAGUUGUUUCAGAAAAACCUAGAUCCAGAUGUAUUCAAUCAAAUCAUUAAAAUUUUACACGACUUUUACGUUGAGAGGGAAAAGCCAGCUCUCAUCUUUGAAGUCUUAGAAAGGCUUUCUCAGCUGAGAAGGUUCGACAUGGCGGUGAUGUUUAUGUCAGGACCUGAGAGAGAGCUCACAAAAGUAUUAUUCAAUCACUUAGAAAAAUCAGAAUUGAAGGAGGAUUCUGUUGAAGAACUCAAGAAAAGAUACGGCGGUGGCUGACCUCCAUGAUUGGACAUUGUUACCUCUUCUGUGUAUGUUACUUUUCUUACUGAAAUCAAGUGUUUGGCCUUUUAGACAGUGAAACCUUACCUGAGAGGACUUUCCUCUCUGGACAGCAGUUGACUCACUGUAAGUGUUCUGUGGCCUAACUCAUGAGAAAUGCUUCAAAAAUAAACUAAGUUUCCAUGAGAUAAAUUCA